AUGAGUACAACUGAAGAUCAGGUGUUGUACCAUCAAAAAUCAGCCCUCAAAGUCGGCGACAUAGAACGUUAUGUAAUCACAUAUAGCCCUUCUCAUCGAAACUCGAAACUAUCUUGCUCGUUAUCUAUGAUGGAGUCGUUCAAUAAAUCAUUGUUCCUUAAACUUAAAAAUGUCUCGAAGUCUACCUAUAGUGCCAAUUAUAUUAUGGGACCUUUCGAUCUGUACUGUGAUGUGCGUUCUAAGGAUUACUUCGAUACCCAGCGUGUGGUGGUUAGUGUAGAGAAACCUCAAUAUGAAAGUCAAUUAGUUCCUCAAAAGAAAUUCGUUGUUGAGUUGAUGAUGCGGCAAUUGAAAGAUCAAUAUGUAUGGAUUGUGGAUGUUGUUAGUGGUAUUAUUUUUUCAACUGAUAAUCAUACUUCAUAUGAGUUAACAUUAGCAUUCUCUAAGGAGCUACUGAAAUGCAAGAGAUAUACAGAAAUUUCAACCGAAUGGUUCAAUGUUCAUAAAAUUAAUAACUCUAAACUGUGGAUGAUUCCUCCUGAAGUUGUAGAAAGUUCCAAACCCAAACAUUUAAUAAUUCUAACACAUGGUUUAUAUUCAAAUGUGUCUGCCGACAUGUUAUACAUUAAAGAAGAAAUUGAGAAACAGCGUGAAUUGUAUCCAGAUGAAGAUUUGAUUGUCGAUGGGUUCACUGAUAAUGUUUGUCGCACAGAAAAAGGUAUAAAAUACUUAGGGGUACGUCUUGCAGAAUAUAUCAUUAAACUUCUAGAAGAACACUCUAUCACAAAGUUAUCCUUUAUAGGUCAUUCAUUAGGUGGACUAGUACAAAUGUUUGCUAUGGCAUAUAUUUCUGUUACAAAUCCAGAUAUUUUCCUAAAAAUAAAAUUGGAAAAUUUUAUUGCUUUGGCAUCACCUUUAUUAGGGUUGGGUGCACAUAAUCCUAAAUAUGUGAAAUAUUCUUUAUCGCAUGGUGUAAUGGGCCAAACAGGGAAGGAUCUUGGAUUACAUAGAAGUAAAUCAAAUGAUAAUGUACCUUUGCUAUAUUCUUUAUCUGGUGAGCCAGUUCGAUCAAUUCUCAAAAGAUUCCAAAGAAGAACUAUAUACGCAAAUUGUGAGAACGAUGGGAUUGUUCCUCUUUAUACAUCAGCAUUGUUAUAUCUGGAAUACAACCAAAUACUCAAUAGCUUACAAGAGUUUAAACAAAGGAAACAUGCUAAAAAGAAAGUUUCCAAUGCAUCAUUAAUUACAUCUGUCACCUCGCUUGUAACUCAACCUGCACCACCAUCUGCUUAUAUUGAUGAUCCAACGAUUGGUCGAAACCCAAUACUUCAUGAUAAAACAUACAGCAUAGAAGAUUGUAAAAAGUUGAAGGAAAAAUAUGGUGAUACCAUCUUGAAACCUUAUUUAAAACAUAAGGUCAAAGACAUGGAUGAAAGUUACCAAACUCUUAUUGCAGAUAGACUACAAGAAAGCAUGAAUUGGAGGAAAGUAAUAGUUGCAUUACCUCCAGAUGCUCAUAAUAAUAUUAUUGUAAGACGUCGUUUUACUAAUGCUUAUGGUUGGCCUAUAGUAAAUCAUCUAGUAAAGGCACAUUUCAGUAAUGCGCUGGAAAAUAUUAGUGACAAUACAGAUAACACUCAACAUAAUAAUUCUAUUGAAAUAAGGUCAAAUGAACUAGAUGUUUCCUGGUUGACCACCUUAGAUAAAACUUCUCCUGGUAUUCUUUCCAGUGCAUCGAGCCUGAUAGACCGCAAAUGGCACAGGCGUAAAUCGGCACUCUCUAACACAACAGAAGAAACGCUGAAACCAAAAACCUCUACUUGA